AAGCGAUUCAUCUUACAAAAUGUUCGUACAUGAGAUAUAUAUAAAGCUGUGCUAUGAACGUUUCAGCAUUUUAUAAUAUUUUAACUGCUGUCGAUAUAACACAUUAAAAAUAAAAUAUGGAGAAGAGUUUAUACUUGUAUUUCUUUCAAGCUAUUAUUGCAUUCGCAAUAUUGGCACUAACAAAUGGACAACCGGGAUACGGAAGAAGACGAAUCAUACCGAAGAGAAUAUACCCAAGACAUCCUAUUGGUGGUGGUAUAAUUGACCCAUAUCCUGGAGGAUCUAUUAUAAGCGAUCCUUACGUUGAUCCAUACAUUGGGACUGAUACACUUGGAGGUGGAGUGUACCCUGCAGGAGGUAUAGGUGUUAUUGGUGGUCGGCGACGCCCAGUUAUCGUAGAUGACAAUUCAAGAAGAGAUGCUCAGGAUAUAAAUGUAUCAAAUAAUAAUGUAAAUGUGGAACGUCACACAGGUUCAAAUAAUGUCCAUGUAAAUCAAGUUACAAACACUAGGACUUGUGAGUGUCAAACUGGUCAUAUAAUGGGAGGACAAUGUGGUCUAUAUCAACAAUGUGUAUCAGACAGUUCAUGUAGUGGCGGAGGAGGAAACGGCGUAUGUCGGGACACUGGCAUUGGCGGUCCCAUCAUGGAUGGUCCCAUGAUGGGUGGCCCAAUUAUGGGUGGUCCAGUUAUGGGUGGUUUUGAUGGACAUGGUCAUGGUGGAUGGUGAUAGUAUAAUUGUACAAUUUUUAGAUAAUAAAAUAUUUAUGUCAAAACUG